CAUGGAAAGCAAAUCCUGUUGCGGGGCGGGGAAGGUGAAGCGGAGGCGGUGAUGGUGGAUUCGCAGCCAUGGCGAGCACGCACCCCACCUUUUGAUCAGCCCCCCAUUCCACCAUUCAUCUGCCGCAUUAUUCACAUCUCUGCCCAUUUGCCCACCUCCCUUGUCAAGUCCCCUCAGAGAAUGGAAGCAGGAGCUUGAAAUUGUGCGAGCACCAAGUCGUGGAUUAUUGUUUGUUACUUUAGAGAGGAAUUAUGGGUACUGCAACCGCGAUUGCGCCCAAGAUGGUGGUGCCGAAGCUCGGGACGCAUGGCUGCUCACUUUACUCCCCUGCUGCUGGUCUACCCCCGCUGCUUUUCUCCAGGAGGAUUUCAUCCCACUCUUCCCUAUGUGCGUCAAGACGGAACCGCAACCUCUUGGUUGGCUACCUGUCUCUUGCAAACUCGCGUAUGCUUCAACACGUCGCCGUGAUGUCUCCACUUGGACAGAUGCCCAAUUGGGUCAAAGGUAGUGAGCGGAUGGUAGCGACGGCGUCUCUUGCAGCUGAUCAAGAGGUUGUUAUCGAUCCUAAGUCCCAGGUUGAGAUUCCAGAGGACGCAGAAAACAAAAUCAUUGUUUUACCCACAAACGAGUCAUCGGAGAAUUUAGUCAAAAUCCGCCAUACGACUGCACAUGUAUUAGCAAUGGCUGUACAGAAGCUUUUUCCUGAAGCUCAAGUUACAAUUGGUCCGUGGAUUGAGAAGGGCUUCUAUUAUGACUUUGACAUGAAAGAAGCUUUUACCGAGAAAGACUUAAAGAAGAUCAAGAAAGAAAUGGACCGAAUUAUUAGUCGCAAUUUACCGCUUGUAAGAGAAGAGGUGUCGAGGGAGGAAGCUGAGAGGCGUAUCAAGGCCAUAAAUGAGCCCUACAAACUGGAGAUAUUGGAGGGUAUCAAGUCAGAGCCGAUUACGAUAUACAGAAUUGGGGAAGACUGGUGGGACCUCUGUGCUGGGCCCCAUGUGGAGCGGACCGGACAAUUAAAUAAACGAGCUAUUGAGCUUGAGUCCGUCGCAGGAGCAUAUUGGAGGGGCGAUGAAAAGAACCAAAUGCUGCAGAGGGUGUAUGGAACAGCAUGGGAAACGGAGGAGCAGCUGAAGGCCUACCAAGUUCAAAAGGAAGAAGCUAAGCGCCGUGAUCAUCGGCGCCUUGGACAAGACCUAAAUCUAUUCUCUAUCCAGGAAGAUGCUGGAGGAGGUCUUGUCUUUUGGCAUCCGAAAGGAGCCAUGAUUCGUCACAUUAUUGAAGAUUACUGGAAGAAGAUGCAUUUUGCAAAUGGAUACGAACUUCUUUACACCCCUCAUAUUGCCAAGCUUGACUUGUGGAAAACAAGUGGACAUUAUGAUUUCUACAAAGAAAACAUGUUUGAUCAGAUGCAGAUAGAGGAGGAACUAUACCAAAUUAGGCCCAUGAAUUGUCCAUUUCAUAUCCAAGUUUACAAGGAUGCACUUCGAUCCUAUCGCGAAUUGCCCAUGAGAGUGGCGGAAUUGGGCACAGUUUAUCGAUAUGAACGGUCUGGGACUUUGCACGGCUUGUUCCGAGUUCGUGGUUUUACUCAGGAUGACGGACAUAUCUUCUGUCUCCCCGAUCAAAUUAGGGAUGAGAUCCGAGGAGUGCUUGAUUUAACGGAGAUGAUUCUCAAACAAUUUGGUUUUUCGAAAUUCGAGAUUAACUUAUCAACAAGGCCUGAGAAAGCUGUCGGCAGUGAUGAGAUUUGGGAAAAAGCUACUACUGCUUUGAAGAGUGCGUUGGAGGACAAGGGCUGGGAAUAUGGCAUUGAUGAAGGAGGUGGUGCUUUUUACGGUCCUAAAAUCGAUGUGAAGAUAGAGGAUGCGAUUGGUCGCAAAUGGCAGUGCUCUACCAUUCAGGUGGAUUUUAACCUACCCGAGAGGUUCAAUAUGGUGUAUGUGGACUCUGACACCUCAAGAAAGCAGCCCAUUAUGAUUCAUAGAGCUAUAUUUGGUUCUAUCGAGAGAUUUUUUGGUAUUUUGACUGAGAAUUAUGCUGGCGACUUCCCAUUGUGGCUUGCUCCAGUUCAAGCUCGUUUGCUUCCAGUGACCGAUAAUGAGGUUGAUUACUGCAAAAAGGUGGUAGCUGAGCUUAAAGCGAGGGAAAUUAGAGCUGAAGUGAUUUUUGGUGAGCGGCUUGGAAAGUUGAUUCGUAACGCUGAGACACAAAAAAUACCCGUUAUGGCUGUUGUUGGGCGUAAGGAAGUUGAGACUGAAACUCUGACUGUCCGAACCAGACAUGGUGGAGAGCUUGGUAAUGUUACCGUUGCUGAUCUAGCGGAUAGGAUCCAGCUCGCAAUCUCUACUCGUGGUGUGUUGUGAGUACCACAAUGAUAUUCAAAUCUGUCCCGGAGUUCUUAGAGAAAGAAACAGAUUUUCAUGUAGACCAUUCAUUCAUUGAUUUGGGCUGAUAACUAUGUCUAGAAGUGUCUCGAUGAGAAGGCUGCCGAUAUGUGCCUCUUGUGUACUUAUACAGCUCACAAUACCACUUGUGGGCUCAAGUGUAGAUUCAAUUGAAGUAAUACAAUCGAAUUAGCUGAAAUUUAUUUGUAGUAUUGUAUUAUUAAUUGGAGAUUUCAAUGUGAAGGAUUACAUUACUCUGGAAA